CCUGAGGAUUUGGACGCCUGGGCCGUGGAACUGCAAGGCAAGGAAGCAGAGCUGAAGCGGCAAGAGGCCUUCUACAAAGAGCAGUUGGCCCGCAUUGAGAAGAAGAAUGCGGAGAUCUACAAGCUGACGUCGGAGCAAUACCAGGAGGCAGCUGCCAAGGCAGAGGAGUGCAUAAAGAGAAGGAACACUAAUCCUGUCUGUUCAAGCCUGCAGUCGGAAAUUCUGAAGUGCUACCAAGAAAACAAACGUGAAGUGCUCAAAUGCUCGGAACUGGCUAAGGAAUAUCAACGCUGUGUUAGUGCAGCUCAGAAGGAGGUUGUAAUCAACGCUGGAUGUGUGAUUUCAGCUCACUUGCACGCUGGUGAUUUGUUCUUCUGCUUUUUACUAAAGAUUUUAUAA